GCACCGCACUUCUCUAUGCUCCUUUUCCCUCUUUUCUCCUCUCGCUCUCUAAAGCCCUCGCCACUUCCGGCGCGCUGCGCGCGCCCGCUCAAUUCUCUCUUUUGACAGAAUAAACUAGACCUUGUUACCGAAAAGACGUGUGUCCGUCUCGUUUACCACGGCUCUACAAAGUGGUGACCCGUAGUUUUCUUCGCGGCACUGCCGAAGUUAUUGUGGAGCCAUGCACAGCAACGAGAUGCAACCAGACACUGAACUUACGGGCACGACCGAGCAACAAGACGUCUCUGCAGUUUCCAUCCGACUCCCACCAUACUGGGACCGCAACCCUGCAGUUUGGUUUCUUCAAGCGGAAUCGCAAUUUAUUCUCUCUGGCGUUCGCACGGAACAACGCAAGUACCACCUAGUUGUUUCGGCACUGUCGCCUACUGCUGCAGAAGAAGUUGCCGACCUGCUUUCUGGACCGCCUCCCGCCACUCCAUACAGCGAUCUUAAGGCUGCCCUUCUCGAGCGCACAACAACAUCGCAGCGAGCCCGCAUGCAACAGUUGCUUUCCGCAGAGGACUUGGGAGACCGUCGGCCAAGCCAGCUCCUUCGCCGUAUGCGACAGCUCAUGAGCGACAACACAACAGUAAGCGAUGACCGCCUCCUGCGGGAACUGUUCAUGCAGCGCCUUCCAGUAAACGUUCAGAUGGUACUCGCUACAGCCACGGUGAUGGACCUCAACAGCCUUGCCAGCUUGGCGGACAAAGUCAUGGAGGUGGUGACGCCAGCGGUGUGCAACGUAACAUCAUCAAGCCCCACUGCGAGUUCAGCCCCGCAAACAUCAUCCUCCACCGAUUCUCCCAUCGACGUGCUCUGCAAUCGCCUUGAUCAAUUAGUUUGUGCUGCGGAGCGUCAUCGCACUUCACCCCGUCACGGAAGGUACCGCAGCUCGAGUAGAUCACGGCGUCCAAGAGAAGAACGCUCCCGGUCUCAAACGCCACCACGGGUAUGCUUUUAUCACCGCCGCUUCGGGCAGGAGGCGCGCCACUGCCUCCGUCCUUGUGCAUGGCAGGGAAACCAGCCGGCCGACCUUUAAUGGCGACAACCGGU